GGCCUGGGACCAUGGCCACGGGUUCCUGCACCAGGCAUGCGCGGAAGUAGGCGUGCCGCGGCCCGGCACGCGCAGGCGCACAGAGCUUCCCGGGCUGCUGGUUCCUCUCGGAUUCCCGGCUUCUGUCACCUUCUGGGACGCUGGUCACGGCCGCAGGUGACCCCCUUCCCCCAGCCCCAGUGGGCGGGUGGCAGGGGCAUGGAGGACGCUGGCGGCGGCGAGGAGACCCCGGCCCCGGAGGCCCCGCACCCCCCUCAGCUCGCGCCUCCGGAGGAGCAGGGCUUGCUGUUCCACGAGGAAACCAUCGAUCUCGGCGGAGAUGAGUUUGGAUCCGAAGAGAACGAGACCGCGUCGGAAGGCUCGAGUCCUCUCGCGGACAAGCUGAACGAGCACAUGAUGGAGAGCGUCCUCAUCUCCGACUCGCCCAACAACAGCGAGGGCGACGCGGGCGACCUGGGCCGAGCGCGGGAAGAAGCUGAGCCCGGAGGGGAAGGCGACCCCGGCCCGGAGCCCGCGAGCACCCCGAGUCCCACUGGCGAGGUCCACGGCGACUGUGCGCCCGAGGACGCCCCCGAGGACGCGGCCCCCAGGAGCGGAGGGGCCCCGAGGCAGGAUGCGGCCCGCGAGGCCCCCGGCAGCGAAGCCGCGCGCCCGGAGCAGGAGCCUCCCGCUGCGGAGCCGGUCCCGGUGUGCACCAUCUUUAGCCAGCGCGCGCCCCCGGCCCCCCGGGACGGCUUCGAGCCGCAGAUGGUGAAGUCGCCCAGCUUCGGAGGCGCCAGCGAGGCCCCGGCCAGGACGCCGCCCCAGGCGGUGCAGCCCAGCCCCAGCCUCAGCACGUUCUUCGGAGACGCGGCCGCCAGCCACUCCUUGGCCUCGGACUUCUUCGACUCCUUCACGACCUCCGCCUUCGUUUCCGUCAGCAACCCCGGCGCGGGCUCCCCGGCUUCCGCCAGCCCGCCUCCCGUGUCUGUGCCCGGGACCGAGGGGCGCCCCGAACCCGCGGCCAUGCGAGGACCCCAGGCCGCUGCGCCCCCGGCGUCGCCAGAGCCCUUCGCGCACAUCCAGGCAGUGUUUGCGGGGAGUGACGACCCCUUCGCCACCGCCCUGAGCAUGAGCGAGAUGGACCGGAGGAACGACGCCUGGCUCCCCGGCGAGGCCACGCGUGGAGUCCUGCGGGCCGUGGCCGCCCAGCAGCGCGGCGCCGUGUUCGUGGACAAGGAGAACCUUACCAUGCCGGGCCUCAGGUUCGACAACAUCCAGGGAGAUGCAGUUAAAGACUUGAUGCUUCGCUUUCUGGGUGAAAAAGCUGCAGCAAAGAGACAAGUCCUAAAUGCCGACUCAGUGGAACAAUCUUUUGUUGGAUUGAAACAGCUAAUCAGCUGCAGAAACUGGAGGGCAGCAGUGGACCUGUGCGGACGUCUCCUCACAGCCCACGGCCAGGGCUACGGCAAGAGCGGGCUGCCCACCAGCCACACGACAGAUUCACUGCAGCUCUGGUUUGUGAGGCUGGCACUACUAGUGAAGUUGGGCCUUUUCCAGAAUGCUGAGAUGGAAUUUGAACCCUUUGGAAAUCUUGAUCAGCCAGACCUUUAUUACGAGUACUACCCACACGUGUACCCUGGGCGCAGGGGCUCCAUGGUCCCCUUCUCGAUGCGCAUCUUGCACGCGGAGCUUCAGCAGUACCUGGGGAACCCACAGGAGUCGCUGGAUAGACUGCACAGGGUGAAGACCGUCUGCAGCAAGAUCCUGGCCAAUUUGGAGCAAGGCUUAGCAGAAGACGGGGCCAUGAGCAGCGUGACUCAGGAGGGCAGACAAGCCUCUGUCCGGUUGUGGAGGUCACGUCUGGGCCGGGUGAUGUACUCCAUGGCAAACUGUCUGCUCCUGAUGAAGGAUUAUGUGCUCGCCGUGGAGGCGUACCAUGCGGUUAUCAAGUAUUACCCAGAGCAAGAGCCCCAGCUGCUCAGCGGCAUCGGCCGGAUUUCCCUGCAGAUUGGAGACAUUUGUAUUCCAGAGGAGUUUCUCACAUAAUCGAAAUUAAGGAAGGGCAGAAGCAAUCGAUCUUCAAACAGAAGCAGCGUUAUACUUCUUAAAAUUACUUCACUGCAUAGAUGCCACCUCCUCAGACUCUCUUGACUUGGGUCUUAGAGACUCCUCACUGGGACUGGGACUCGGAGGCUCCUCACUGGGACUGGGACUCGGAGGCUCCUCACUGGGACUGGGACUCGGAGGCUCCUCACUGGGACUGGGCCUCGGAGGCUCCUCACUGGGACUGGGACUCGGAGGCUCCUCACUGGGACUGGGAAGGGAGCUGUGGUGCGCAGGUGCAAGUCCAGCAGCCGAGCACAGGUGAGGGGCCUGUGCUUGGCAUUGGGGCAGCUGAGCGCAGGGUGGUUCUGCAGUGUCUGUGGCCAGUCCCAGGCCUCGGUGUCCUGGACCAAAGGUCAGAGCCCAAAGUGAUCAGGCAGGAGAAAGCCUCCGCCGCUGCAGGAGUGGUGGGGAGUCUGGGAUAAACCAGCCACCCCAGGCAGGACGAAGGGGGAUGGGAUGCAGGACCACCCAAUGCUAUGGCUGAGAGGACCUCAGCAAGAACCAAGGUCACCUCUGACCGAGUUCCCAGAGGGCAGGGACCCAGGGCAGGGUGGGGAGACGCUGCGGUGGAAGAAGGGAAGGAAGGGUCAGGGAGGCACUGUGAAGCUGGGAAAGACUUGAGCAUGUUUUACAGAGGGGCAUGACCCCAGGCUCCAGGAGGGAUGCGGGCACCUUGACCGUCUCAACCAGGAGGGUAGUUUUACACACACAGCCACGUACCAGAACCCCUCAGGCUGUACAGUCUGAAGACAUGCAGGUUCCUGUGCAUCAGCCACAGCUCAACAGAGACGUUCAAAUAGAGAAAGAAGAGACUCACUUGUGGCUGCCACCCUGAGCCGGGGAGUGUGCUGGCUCCGGUCAGGGAAAGAGUGGGGAGAGCGUCCCCCAGCCCCUGCCACCCUGUCAGGCCUCAUCAUCCUGAUGUGACACCAAAGUGCAAGGAAAACGGAAAUGCACGUAAAGGAGGUUUCACCAAAACUACAAACUGUUGUGCUUUAAAGGACACCAUA